UAAGCUCUCAGCCCUGUCACAUACUAGAAAUACCCCUUGCAAGUAACAACGAAAACAUAAAGCAAAAAGUACAACAGAACUUAGGGACAGACAGCAGAGUUGGACAUACUGAACUCAUAACUGAGAUUUCGUUGAAUGGUUUUCUCUCUGUUGGGCAGUCUUCAGCAGUAACAAUGGUGAGGAACAUUGACGAUUUAGAGUUCUGCCUCCCCUCACACUCAGACUCUAUUCUUUCUGGACUGCAGACUUUGCGCUUCAACCCUCAGCUCUCCGAUGUCACACUGAUGGUCCAAGGUCGUGAAUUCCCCUGUCACCGUGCUGUGCUUGCUCUGUGCAGUCAGUACUUCCAUGCUAUGUUCACAGGAGAAUUCCAAGAAAGCAUCUCUGCUCAUGUAGAAAUCAAAGAGGUGGAUGCUGAUAUGAUGGAGACACUAAUUGACUUUUCGUACACUGGACGACUCACCAUUAACCAGGGUAAUGUGGAAGGGCUUAUUCGCACCUCAAAUCUUCUUCAUUUUCCAGCCGUACGUAAAGUGUGCAGUCGUUAUUUGCAGCAGCAGAUGGAUGCCACCAAUUGUCUGGGUAUUUGGGAAUUUGGGGAAACCUAUGGUUGCCCAGAGGUUAUAGCCAAGGCAUGGGCCUUUUUGCAGGAGAACUUCGAAGCUGUGUCCAAGGAAGAGGAGUUUCUGCUUCUACCCCCAGAUCGCCUAAUUCGUUAUUUGGGGGACCCUUUACUACAAGUAAGAGAAGAGCAGAACCGGGCAAUGGCAGUGCUUCAUUGGGUAAGACAAGAUGAGAAAUACAGGGCCCAAUAUCUUCCAGAGCUGCUGAGCAUGGCCAGGUUGUCCACCCUGACUGACCUCCACCUUCAGGAGCUGAUGGAUGCUGAGCCUUUAAUCAAUGAGUCUGAGGCCUGCAAAGCCCUGAUAAGCAGGAGUCUUGGGCAGGUGACAAAGGAAACCACGGAGCAGUUAUCGGUCUCCCUUCAGGAAGUCCUAGUGGUGGUCGGAGGAAAGGUAUUAGAGGAAGAAGAGGAUGAUGAUGAAGAUGAUGAAGACUCCCCACCCAGAACCUCCCCUAACUUUACCUUCUACAAUACCAAAAACAAAAUGUGGAUGUCGCUUCCUGAUUUCCCAGAUUAUAAUAAGUGGGGUUUCUCCAUCACCUCACUCAACAACGAUGUGUAUGUCACAGGUGGUUCCCGGGGGUCUCGGGAUGAUUCGUGGUCUACACGGCAGGGGUGGCGUUUUGUGUUAAAUGAGGGGAUAUGGAAGCCAAUUUCUCCUAUGAUUAACCCACGGACAAACCAUUCCAGUGCCACUCUGAAUGGAGAGAUAUAUGUUAUUGGAGGUACCUUGCAGGAUGCCGUGGAGGUAGAAUGUUAUGACCCCUAUACUGGCACAUGGGCACCCGUGAGUCCUGCCCGCAAGUAUGUCAGUAACUUUUCUGCGGUGGGGUGCAGUGGCAAACUGUAUUUGGUUGGUUCCUGUGCAAUGAAGUAUAAUGCGCUCACCCUUCAAUGCUACAAUCCUGCCAUAGAUGGUUGGAGUGUUAUCGCCUCACCAUUUAUUCCAAAGUACUUGUCAUCUCCUCGCUGUAGCGUUCUGGGUGGUGCAGUGUAUCUUGUAGCUGAUAACACCAAGAAGGUGUAUAUGUAUCUACCAGAAGCCAACAUGUGGAAGAAGGUGCAGUUGCUGCACACCCUUCAUGAGAAUGGCGGCAUGACCCCGAUUGGAUCACAGUUGUAUGUGACAGGUGGACAUUGGCAUGGCAUGGCGCGUGAAUACAGUGUGGUAAUGGAAUCCUAUGACUGCACCAAGGAUGUCUGGAGUAGGGAAGGAGCCCUUCCCAGCCGUUGGAUGUACCACUGCUCCACGUCAAUCUUCAUGGACAUUUCCAAGUGGACAGACAGAUUUCGGGAGCAUCCAGAGAGAGAGGCUUAA